CGGUCUUCACGAGUUGCAUCGUCUUUGACUUUUCGAUCCUGUAUUCUGUUGACUACCAGUCCUACCCGCGCAAAUCAUACGCAUGCUCAACAGAACAGAAAUUCUGGCCCUCUUGAAGGGGUGAAAAUUCUUGAUCUGACGAGGGUUCUAGCUGGCCCGUUUUGUACUCAGAUUCUUGCAGAUUACGGAGCAGAUGUAGUAAAAGUCGAGCAUCCACAGGGCGGGGAUGAUACCCGACUCUGGCGAGAAGCAGGCGAGGAGACUAUCUGGAAGCCAGAAGCGGGUAAUACGUCCAUCUAUUUCAACACUAUCAACAGAAACAAGCGAUCAAUUGGGCUCAAUUUAAAGAGUGAAAAGGGUAGAGAAAUCAUCCUGGAAUUGACACGCAAGGCCGACGUGGUCGUAGAAAACUUUAUACCCGGGAAACUGGACAAGUUAGGGCUUGGAUAUGAUGUACUGAAAACAGUCAAUCCGUCUAUUAUCUUGGCGAGCAUUUCCGGCUACGGAGCCGACGGUCCAUUUGCCCAGCGUGCAGGAUACGACGUAAUCGGGGCAGCCGAGGGUGGCCUGCUUCACAUCACCGGCGAACCAGACGGCCCUCCCACCAAGCCCGGUGUUGGGUUAAUGGACAUGUGUACGGGUCUAUACCUCCACGGUGCUAUUGUAUCGGCAUUGCUUUCUCGCGAACGGACAGGGUUUGGGCAAAAGAUCGACACCUCGCUGUUCGAAACGACAAUUUCGAUUCUCGCGAAUGUGGGCAUGUCGUGGAUCAACAUGGGUAAAGAGGCGCAACGCUGGGGUACGGCGCAUCCAACAAUUGUUCCGUACGAAGCAUUCAAGACAAAGGAUACGUUCCUUGUUGUUGGCGCGGUGAAUAAUAGACAAUUCAAGAACUUAUGUGAACGAUUGGGGAAUAAGGAUUUGGCAAAUGACUCUCGGUUUAUUGAUAACAACGCCAGAAUCCAGAACCGGAAGGAUUUGAAGCGAAUAUUUGACGAAUUGUUUAUGACGAGAACAACGCAAGAAUGGGAAAGUGCUUUUGAAGGAAGUGGUAUGCCCUAUGGGCCGAUAAACACAUUAGAGCAGGUUUUUUCGCAUCCUCAGGCUCUUGCCAGGGACAUGGUGCAAACUGUAGAGCAAAAUGCGGCAGUGUCAGGGAAAGUCAAAGUCCUCGGCAUGCCAGUCAAGUUCAGUCAGUCGAAGCCAUCUAUCAGAGACGGCCCGCCAUCUCUAGGGCAACACACAGAGGAAGUACUACAAGAACUAGGGCUAUCUCCGGAAGCUAUUUUACAGCUACGCAAGGCUGAUGUUAUUUAA